AUGUUUUCCCGAGACGACCGCCCGGAUCCGGUACUCGUGUCAGAGGCGGAACAGCCUGAGGAACAGCCCGAAGAACAGGAGGAGCAUAAGUCCAAACGCGAGAUCGUAGGGAGCUUUCUCAAAGAUCAGGCUUUGAAGGGCAAAAUAUUCCUCCAGCACUCGGCGGGUCUUGGCCAUCAGCCAAACGUGAUACCGGCAGGGGAGGCUUCGAUCAGUGGCGAGCUGCGGCCAGUCCAGAUUGGCUGGCAUCCGGUCGCAGGAUUCGGCGGGAAAUGGUUCGCUGAGCAGACUGGCCUUGGAAAGAUGAUCACCGAGAAGAUCAAGUCAUAUCCUGAUCCUACACAACAUUGGGCUGUUCUUGUGGGAGACUACGUCCAUCAAUUGUGGAUGGACGAGUCACUGGACAUCAUUUACACCAACCAGAGGCUUAUUGCGUCGGACUGGCACACUUUUGACGUUGGCAAAACGAGGUUCAGCGAUGAAGCCUUGCGGCAAGCUUCCGAAAUGACAAUCCACAAGAUGCGCGAGGCUCGACCGGCCUACAACCUGAUCAGCAACAACUGUCAGAACUUCGCCCUGAACCUUCUGCAGGCCAUCCAAAUCGGCGCGCACAAGGAGUUUGCCACGACUUUUGCUAUCUACCAGCGAGCCACUGGGAAGGGGUCAAUCAGUGACUUGUUCGAAGACAAACACCCCGAGGAGCAACAGCAGAUAGAAGCCGAAGAACAGGCUACCGAUGAACUGCAGCGGCCUCCGCGACUACAGCAUACGAGUACCAUGCAGACAGCGUAUCAGGUUAUGGAUGAAAAUACGACGCAGCUGGAUAAGCAUCAUCAUGGCUGA